AGCAACGCGCAUGCACCAAACAGCGUUCUCCAUUUAUACUUGUCAAGUGUCAAAAGAAAGAGGAGUUUUUUUCACUUAAAACACUGAAUAAAGCGUUUUCCUCCUUAUAAAUACUUUAAUUUGAUCAAUUCAUAAUUACCGUUAACGAUUAAUCCGUUGGAAUCAACCCCGUUUAGUUAGUUUUCGAUGUUGCCGUUUAUUUGAUUACCACGAUGUCGGUUCAUUACAAGUUUAAAUCCGCGCUGGAAUAUGACACAAUUACUUUCGAUGGGUUACACAUUUCUGUGAAAGACUUAAAAAAUGCCAUCGUUCAACAGAAGCGAAUUGGGAAAAACACCGAUUUCGAUUUGCAAGUGACUAAUGCGCAAACGAAAGAGGUUUACGAUGAUGAAGAAGCUUUAAUCGCCAAAAAUACUUCGCUUUUAAUCGCUCGAAUCCCAGUGAUACCAAGUAAUAAAUCAAAAAAUUGGGAGGGUUACGGAAACGAUUCAUCCCAAAUAAAUCGGAACGAAGAAGGUGGGACAAUUUCGAAAGCCGUUGAUUUAUCGAGUUUGGACGCUUCAGAAGAUGAUAAAAUUAGGGCUAUGAUUUCGCAGAGUACUCAAGAUUACGAUCCCAGCAAGUUCAACACUAACUAUAUGAAAAUUCGCGGUGCGAACCAAGUGGGAGUUGUUCCAUUAAAUUACCGCUGUUAUAAAUGUCACCAGCAGGGGCAUUGGAUUAAAGAUUGUCCGCUAAGCCAAGGACCAGAUCCGGUUGAAAUAAAAAAAAGUACCGGAAUUCCUCGCAGUUUCAUGGUUCCUGUUGAAGGCCCCCAAGUUCAAGGCGCAAUGAUGACCCCAAACGGUUCUUACGCAGUCCCAGUUUUAGACCACCAAACGUACACCCAAAAACAACAACCCCCACCACCCUCAAUCCAAGAAGAACAACCCGAAAUUCCAGAAGAUCUCAUCUGUUCGAUUUGUUCCGGCUUAUUAACCGACGCCGUGAUGAUUCCUUGUUGCGGAAAUUCAUUCUGCGACGAAUGCAUAAGGAGUUCGCUGCUUGAAUCUGAAGACCACGAAUGUCCAGAUUGCCACGAAAGAGAUAUUUCGCCGGUUACGUUGAUUCCUAAUCGAUAUCUAAGAAAUUCAGUCGCUAAUUUUAAGAACACAACGGGGUAUAUUAAAAAACCGAGCUAUAAAGCGCAGGUUCAAAAAGUUCCGGCUAAAAUUGAGGCGGAGGUUGAAAAGGAAGUUGAGGUUAUCAUUGAAACGAAACCGGAAAAGGAAGAAAAAGAGGUGGAUAAUGAAGAAAAAACUGUUAUUAGUGAAGCCGAUUCUACAGAACAAAGCAAAAUUAACACGAAAAUUGAAGAAAAUAAAGAAUUGGAAAGUGGAGAUGUCAAAAAAGAGCCUCCCCCUUUAAAAGCAACGCUAGAAGGACCCCCGGGGGUUUCGCCAAUAAGAGAAAAAUCACCAAAAAGACUUCAACCGAAAAGAAAUGGCCACUCAUCAAAUCAUAGCGAGGUUAAUGAGGGCAGAAAUCGAAAAUCGAGGGAGAAUUCACCAAGAAGACCAUAUGAAACUACUUUAUCUCGAAUGGAAGAAAGACCCGGAACUCCAACUGUAGAUGAACCUGGAAACACUGUAGUUGCAAACCCCCCUGGAAAUACUUCAAACACAAAUUAUUCAAACCCAAGCGGUCCUUACCCAACAGCUCCCCCAUCACAUGGAGUUUUACCUCCGCUUAUGGGGAUGCCUCCCCCUCAUCUUCAAGGACCUCCACCAAAUUUCCAACAAAAUCAACCCCCUCCUGGGUUGUAUUCGACUCAAGGGCCACCACCUAAUUACCGAAUGCCUAUGGCUGCAGGAAAUCCGCCUGGUCCUUAUAUGGGACCGUAUAACGCACCAACAAGACCUCCAAUGUUUGAUCAUACAAGGCCCCCAAUUCAAGGACCACCUCCUAAUUAUGCGGGUUAUCCCCCAAGAUCGAGAGGAAGAGAUUUUGGGUCAACUAGAAUAAGAACACGCACUCCUCCAGGGAUAAUAGAUGAUCCUUUAGAGGCGUUUAAUAGAAUGCUUCGGGAAAAAGAUGAGAGGGAGCGAAGGGCUAAACAGCGGAAAGGUCGGAGUUAUAGUCGUAGCACAAGUAGGAGUUAUAGUAGAUCGCCGAAAAGGGGGCGAAGUCGAUCUCCGCGUCGGAGAGGAUCAAGGAGUAGAUCGAGAUCGUUCAGUAUGAGCAGAUCGCGAUCUCGGUCUUUUUCGCCAAGUCCAAGGAACGCCGCUUCAUCGUAUCGAGAGUACUCGCCUAGACACGCAUCUCCUAGAUGCAGGAGACCACCUUCGCGGUACAGAUCACCAGUUAGAUCGCCCCAAAGAUACAGAUAUAAAGAGGGCCCAAUAAUUGAUAGAAACCGCGAUCGCGAUUAUGAUAGACACCCAGCGAGGGAGAGGGAUCGAGGAUAUAGUAGAGAUCGCGAUUAUGGGGGUGGAUAUCAUCACUACGAGAGGGAGCGCGGACGUUGGCCGCCUACUUCUGGGAGGAUGAUCCAGGAUAAUUACUACCCAGCACCGGAAGUACACUCGAUGCAGCAACACCCACCGGCCGCCGCCUCCAACAGGUACUCAUCCCGCGAGAGUUAUCCACCGUAUAAACCGGAAACUCACCAUGUUCCACCGCCAAUCAUACCACCAACUCAUCACGCCCCCCCACCGCGAAGAUAUGAAGAUAUCGCACCUCCAGGAACUGAUCAACCCCCGAUUCCUGGCGAAGAGAUUCCUCCCCGUUAUGAUGAUCGAUAUCAAUUUAAUCCCGAGGUUUCUAAGGAACGUUUUAUUCCAAACGAAAAAGAAAAAGAGAAAGAGAAAGAUAAUGUUAGAGAUUCUUUAAUGAGAGAAAAAGAAGAUAAUAAACGAAGGGGUGAAGAAGAUAAAAGGAAAUAUGAGGGUUAUAAUCGUUCUCCACCUCAAAGAAAAAUUUCGCCGGAACAAAGAUCUAAAAAAGAUCGGCAAGAGAGUCCUGAUAAACAUAAAAGAAGACGACAUGAAAGUACUGAAAGGGAAAAAGUUGAGCAUAAGAAAGAUGAGAGGCAUCAUCAUUCUGAUGAUGAAAGAUCGAAGAAGAAUAAAGAAAAGAAGAAAAAGCGAGAGAAAAAAGACGAGAAGGAUAAGAAGAAAAGGAGAGAGAAAAAGGAUAAGCAUGAAAGAAAGCGUGACGAGAAAGAUCAAAAGAAAGAGAAGAAAGAAAACGAUGUUCUAAAUGAAGUUGUGCGAGAGAAAGAGAAAGAUGUGGAGAAGAAUCGGGUUGUUUCGGAAGACACGAAUAUAAAGAGACUCGACGAAUUAAAAGAAGAUAUUCGAAAGAAAUCAGAAAUUGAGCAACCAAAAGAAAAUUUAGAACAAAAAGAUAACCAAAUAGAUUUGUACGAAGAUUUCUUACAAGAAGGGGUUGACACAAAGCUAAUCGAAAAUUAUAUUAAAACAGAAAAAGAUCCCCAAGGAUCAAAAACCCCAGAAAUGAAACACCAAGAAGAAGAAGUCAAAGAGAACAUUGAGUUUCCACCCGAAAACGAAACAUGUAAAGACGAAGAUGUGUUAGACAUUCACGCAAAUGAAUUGGAAUUGAAGUCGGAGUUAGAUAAAGAAGUGUUGGCCCCACUUCCGGAAAAAUCAAGAUGGGAACUCGAAGAUGAUGGCUCCCCAACGAUGGACACAAAAUUAGACGGAAAACAAGAACGUUCUGGAAAAGUUACAAAUGAAGUAUUAAAACGCGCCGAAAAUGCGAUUUUUGCAAAAGCAAUCAAUGCAAUUCGCCCGAUUGAAAUAAAAAAGAUCAGCGUUGAUCGCGCAAAAUUAUACUCAGAUCAAAAAAAACCUGAAGAAUUACGAACAAUUUCCACCACCAAUUUCAACUUUGAAGAAGAAAUCUCCGAUCCAAACAAAAUCGAAUCAGAAAUCCAAAAACCCCCGAGAUUAUCAGUCAAAGAACGCCUAGGCGUUAAAGUCGACGAUAUCGACCGAAUCGUAAAAGUUUCUUUUGAUCGAAAUCGCUCGAGGAGUUUAUCUCCACUCAGUAAAAGAACAAGGGAUGAUCCAAUACAAAUGGGGAGAAACAUCGAGAUUGAGAGUCGAAAUCGUUACGAGAAAUCAUCGAAGGAUAUCUCGGAUCAAAGAUAUGGAAGGAAUUUUAAUCCGAGAUCGAACGCCGAUCAUGAAAGAAGACCACAUCGAAGCGGGGUAAAAAUCGACGGGCGAAAAGAUGAUCCAAAACGAAAACGAUCAACAAGCCGAAGCGCUAGCAAAGAACACAAACACAAAAAAAAAGAUAAAAAACAAAAAAAAGAUCACCGCAGUCGCAAACACAAAAAAGACGACAAAGAAGACGAAAAAAAAGAAGAAAUCCCGCAGGUUAAAACCACCGAAAAAAGAAAACCCACUUUAGAUGAAGCUAAUUUUGAGCCAGAUUACGAUUUAGAAUCGGAAUCGGAAAAGGAAGAAAUUAAAGUAACGACGGAUGAUCUUAAAAAAGUUAUUAAUAAAAUUGAGGAGAAAAAAGAAUCAUCGUCCUCCGAUUCUUCUGAUAGUAGCUCGGAAGAAGAGCGUAAAAAGAAGAAACAUCGAAAACAUAAGAAAAAAAGAUCGAGGAAAGACUCGACGUCAUCUUCGAGUUCGAGCGAUUCGGAUUCCUCCGAAGAGGAAAAAGAGAGGAAGCGAAAGAAACACAAGAAAAAGCAGAAGAAAAAGAAGAAGUCUAAACAUAAAUGAUUAGAAAGGCAAGUGAAGUAUUUGAAGAAAAUGUUUGGGAUAAAAAAAGAUGACUAAGAAAAUUUGCUUCAUUUACUUCUAUUCUAAGUGUUUAAUAAUUGAAAUUUAAUAAUUUUCAUUAUCUUUAAUUUGGAUAGUAAUAAGAUAGUCUAAAUAAAAUAAUUGU